AUGUCCUCUCAAGACGGCGUCGGUCGAGUUCAUGGCGGUGUGAUUCUUAGCGGCUUCGAUGAUGAGACGGAUGCCCGGAGGUUUCUCAAAGAGUUGUGGAGUGCAAUCUUUAUGGUGAAGGCUGCUUUUUUAAAAGAGAAGUGGGGUUGCACACUAAACUCCACUGCCAAAGGCGUGUCCUAUAUCACUGCUCAACAACGCUCCGAUAGGUCAUCGGAAAGUGGAUUUUCAUUUGUAAACAGCACGGUAAAAGGCAGCGGACUUGUUUAUCUGGGAAGACCAUGGGCUAAUUACUCAAGAGUUGUUUUCUCUUAUACCUAUAUGGACAAAAAUGUUCUCCCUAAAGGAUGGGAUAAUCAUUUUGAUGACGAGAAAAACGUGACAAAAUUAUAUUAUGGCGAAUACAAGUGCUUCGGACCUGGAUCCAACUUCACCGAAAGAGCUCCAUGGGUACGACGUCUGACAGAUGAAGAGGCCCAACAAUUCAUCAGCAUACAGUUCAUCCUAGGAAAUACAUGGCUCAAUGGCCCUCACAAUUAG